GUCGAAACGUAUGUGAGAAUGCCAUAGCUAACAUUUCGAAGUAAUCUUGCAUAGCGAGAAACUCGGGCGGCUCCGUUCUACGUAUCCUCACUCAUGUCCUAUUUCCUUCCACACUUACCCAGUGGCUGGCAUGUCGAUGAAGCCAUCAAAUCUGAAGAGGACCGUGUCGUUGUGAUCCGCUUUGGCCACGACUGGGACCAUCAAUGCAUGACGAUGGACGAGACCCUCUACUCUGUCGCAGAGAAAGUGCAGAACUUUGCAGUCAUCUACCUUGUAGAUAUCACUGAGGUCCCGGACUUCAACAAGAUGUACGAGUUAUACGAUCCAUGCACCGUCAUGUUCUUCUAUCGGUAUGGUUUGAUGUCCUGUUAUAGUACCAAUUGCUCAGCUGAAACAUUGCGCAUCAGUAACAAACAUAUCAUGAUUGAUCUUGGAACUGGUAACAACAACAAGAUGUACGUGGCGCAUCCACCUUGCACAUUGAUCUAUCUCAAAUAUCGCAUCGCCUGCAGAAACUGGGCAAUGAAUCACAAACAGGAACUGAUUGACAUCAUCGAAACUGUUUACCGCGGAGCCUCCAAGGGCCGUGGUCUUGUUGUGUCGCCCAAAGACUACUCCACCCGUUACAGAUAUUAGAUUUCUCUCUCGCUCUUCUAUCCUGCGCUUGUGCCAAACUGUGUGUAGCAACAAACGUGAUGUAUACCUAGAUUCUGUUGUAGUGCCUUAUGGCGCCACGUGUGAUGCACGUACUCAAGGACCAACUUGUGGUACGGGGUGCCGUUUCUUCCAUAUGUAGCAAUGCACGUGUAGGCUCAGAGCAAGGUGGACCACGUCAAGUAUCAACCCUGAUCAACUUUUGCGAAUGUGUCUGGGGAGCGAUACAACGACCGCCAUCCCUAGCCACGACAAAGAGAUUAUUUGGGAUUGGAGCGUCUAACGUAUCCAGCACUUAUCAAGGUUCAUAGAGUCAGACGAAGGGGCAAAACGAAUCUGUAAUAU